AUGCGCACCUUGUCAAAUGACAUCAUCAGGCGCGCCUUGCCGUAUGACGUAGGCGGUCACGGUCUUUCCAUGACCAUGAUUGUUCUUGGCAAAUUUUCCCACGGAAGUGGUCUGCUGUUGCCUCCUUCUGGGUUGCUCUCCUGCGACGACGUGCUUGGAGAGGGUGUUGGCGGCCGGCGUCACCUCACGGCGAAGCGAGGGCCUGGACUCGCUGUUGUUGCCUACCGCCGCGAUAGGCCUCCAGCCUCACCACCCCCCCCACGCUCGGCCUGGCGUCGCCCGGACGACGGUAAUACUAAAGUCGGGCUGCUCUUUAUUGACCGCAGAGCUGCAGUCAACACAAUCGUCAACACCCUCCGAAAUCUGGGCCUCUGUACCUCUGUCUGCAUCUGGAUCCUCGGCAUCCUGCAGAUCGGCUUCUAUCCCAGUCCUGACGAAGGGUCUCGGCCCGAAACGUCGACUGUCCACCCGUCUCUGGAGAGACGGCCGAGUUCCGCCAUCGCUUUCCGCGUGGUGGUCCCGCGCAAAGGCUUGGAGCGCUCGCUGCAGGCAGCCGAGCGGAGGCACGUGCGGCGGCUGAGGGACCUGGCGGGCGUCGUCGAGGGGCUGGAGGGCGAGCUGAGGGAGGCGAGGACGGACCUCGGCCGCCAGGCCUGGAAGCACCAGCUGCUGCUCAACACCAAGAUGAGGCUGGAGGGAGAAAUAGCCAGGUACCGCGACCUCCUCGAGGGAGAGGAGGGGAGCCUCACCGCCACAGCCGCCGUCGGUCCACGGUCAUCGCACACCUGGUUACGUCAGAAGACGCUGACUCUCCCUUCGGUAGCCGUUGUGAUGGAGGCUUCCCUGGAGCAGAGGAUUGAGACGGUGACGACACAGGAGAUCGCCGGUCACAGCGCGGAAUCCGAGAGCGCCAAAGCUCCCAGCAAAGUUCAGACGGAGAAGAUGGACGAGCUGAUCAAGGGCUGGGAGUGCUCCUUCUUCAAAGACAACCCCCACCUCCGGAAGAAGUCGGCCUCCCUCCGCUUCGACCUGCACCUGGCCGCCGCCGAGGAGGGGUCGCCCCCCAUCAAGCGGGGCACCCUCCCCGACAUCGAGCUGCGGCUGGUGAUGCGCAAGUCCAGCAGCAUCCCCUCCCUCAAGUCGUAAGGCCGUGCGGGGACCGGCGCGACGUUCUCCCCGGCGUCCAGCGGGCCUCCUGCGCCACCCCCCACCCCCUCUCUCUCUCUCUCUCUCUCUAUCUCUCGAUAUUUAUUAUCACAUUUCUCCGUAAACCAAGGCGCAUGCAAAGACGGACCGGCCCGUGACGAGUGAAUCAGGAAGAUGGAGGUGGCCAGGGUCCGGGCGGGCGCUGGCUAUGCACCGUGGACUGAGUUGAGUUAGUUGAGUGGAAUGGGCCACGGGUGGGGACUUGGCGUGCUCGGGACCGCGGGCCGGGAGCUACAACCCACUGCGGUGGGCGCCUUCCGAGGAGACGAAGGCGAAGCAACUGUUAAAAGUAUUCCAAUAAGCAGAUUCAAUGCCAGGCUUCAGAUCUAUACUCCACAUAACGGCGACCAGUACUGAAUGUAACCUCCUCCUCCUCCCCUUCCCUCUUCAGGGCUAAAUUCGGGCCUCUUACCUCGUCUCCUUGCCUGCCUGUCAUCUCCCCCGGUGACCAUUCUCCCCUUUCUCCCUCGGUCCACUCUCCUGUCAGAUUCCUCCCUCUCCAGCCCUUUACCUUUCCCACCCAGCCCCUCCUUGGCUUCAUCUUCUAGCUGGUCUUCCUUCGCCUCCCUCCCCGCUUUUGAAAUCCAGUGUCUUCCCUCUUCUCGUCUCCUCCUCCCCGGUGUCCCUCCUCCUUCCCUUCCUCCCUCGGUCCACUCUCCUUCUCCUCACCUCUGCCACCUGUCACCAACCAGCUUCUCACUUCAAAUUCCACCCCCCACCCACCUGGCUUCACCUAUCAGCUUCUGGCUUGUCCUUCCCCCACCGUUUUAUUCCGGCUUGUACUUCCCCCACCGUUUUAUUCCGGCUUGUCCUUCCCCCACCGUUUUAUUCCGGCAUCUGUCCUUCCCCCACCGUUUUAUUCCGGCUUGUCCUUCCCCCACCGUUUUAUUCCGGCAUCUGACCUUCCCCCACCGUUUUAUUCCGGCAUCUGUCCUU